GUGGAUAAGGGGGUGCUCCCUCUGCUGUUUCCUGAAUUUCACGACCAUCUCCUUUGUUUUGUUGACAUUGAGUGAGAGGUUGUUUUCCUGGCCUUACCAAGACAACUAUUGUCUAUCUAGUAAAUGUGCUAGCUAUUUCAGUGGAUAUUGAACACAUUUCUACCUGCAAAUGAAUAAUGUUUUUACUAGAUCUAAGGAAUUGUAAUAAAUUCACACAAGGUUUUUGUGGAAAUCAAAGGAAGGCAAAGGAUGUCAAAGUAGGCCAUAAAUGUUUGAGUAUUUUUACAUUUGGUUUGAGGUCUCUCUGACAAUCAAUUAGAAAGGGUAUUGCGAUAACAAUAAAAUGACAUAUUUCACAAGAUUUAAGUAAUUUUUAUAAUUUUUUUUGGUGGAAAUCCAAGGUUGUAAAAGUAGGCCAGACAUUUGCAGAAUAAUUCACACUUGGUUCAAGGUGUCACUGACAAGCCUAUGGAAAAGUUAAUGCGAUAAGAAUAAUUAUAUAUUUUUACUAGAUUUAAGGUUUCUUAUCUAAAAGGUUUCAUUUAGUUUCCUUAAUAGGAUAUUGAUUUAUGCGUCAUAUCUUUUUCUUUAAUCCAUUUAGAACUCAUUAUAAACAAACAUAUUUUGAUCAGCAAAAGCUACAAUACCUUUAUCACAGCACAUGUAGGCCUGCUAAAACUUUGACUACAGAAAAUGAUCACCAUUACAAGAAUAACAGCACAUUAAUAGCUGCAGUAAAUGAAAGGCUUGGCUGUGUCUUAGUUUCUGUUGUCCUAUUUUGUAAUGCUAAUCUAUAGUCCUUCAUUAAAACCUGUUGAUUGGGGAAGACUUGCUGAUUUCUGAUUAAGUGGAUCAAGAUGUCUGUUAACUUUCACCCGAAGAGCUUCUGUCAACAGUCAGGGUAGGAGGGGCGACUCGUUCCUCUCACAACCCGUCUCCAACCCCUUAUCGAUGUUGUGUAUUGUCAAUGCCAACUGUUCUCGCAAAAUCAAAGCUUGCCGGUCCGUAGAAUGUGUGAACAUGGGAUCAGCAUCACUCAGGGGCGUCAUAUACCCCAAAAAUCUGGGCUAGCUAAAGCCAACGGCAUAAAAUUGCGACUAGUAGUAUUAGAGGAUUUAAAAAAUAUAUAUAUUGACAAAUCUGAGGGGGAACGUGCCCCUGUGCCCCCUAUGGGCAUGACACCCCCGGCAUCACCCCUUACAAAUGGCACUAUCUAAUGAAGUAAAAAAAAUAACGCAAGGUUUUAUAUUUAGGUUAGGCAUACCCAGAGCAAUAAUACAGGCAUUUUGUAUUGGGGCAAUGGGCGCCAAAUGUGUCUCUAACUUUGUAGGGCUACUUUUAUAUGUCCUAUGUGAGCGUUACAAUUAAAUAGGCAAUCAAUUCAUAUUUCAAGUUUUGCACAAAUUUCAUUUUUGCUGUUCUAUUCCCAACUCCAAUGUGGUGAAUAAAAAAAUGGUUGGCUUGACAAUGACAGCAAUGGAAUUGGCAAGAGCACAAACAGAUCUGGGACCAGGCUACUACUCCCCCUCAUCAGGAAACAACUGAAAUCUAAGACAUGAAUUUGUCUGAAUCUUUCAUCUCUUUUGUUGAAUAUGUUGGUUUAGUGUUGUCCGUCUACUACAUCUAUUAAAAUGAGGACCCAGCAGGCCUGCCCUGACAAAAAGAGACCGCUAAUAACAUGAUGAUUAACACACACAGCACAGGGAGCACAUCUGUUUAGCUGUCUGACUACUGUUGAUCUGGCAUCACGUUUUGUGUGUGUGUAUGUCUGUCCUCUGCCUGUCAGCUGUUGAUCUGUCAAUCAGCAAUUCCUGUGUGUUGUCUGCAUGUAUGCUGUCUGCGGGCACACUGUCUGUCAUCCCAAGACCACCUGCCACACUCCAGUCCCAAUACACACUCCAGACUGGGACUCUAUGGAGGAACCAGUUACCUCAGCCACUAAAGUGUUUGUGUGUGUAUAUGACAGAAAAAGACCCAGCCAGCUCCUGCAUUAGAGACACAUAAUCAGGUCCAUGUGAAGAGCCCUUUACAAUCCACAUCCCAGAGCAGAGCACACACUGGAUUACUCAUCUGUCCCCUAUGGGAGCUCGGCUCCCAAUACACACCAGUCUGUUUGACCUGACACACACAUACACAGGGGGACCACCAUAGACUCAGGCAGAGAAGGAUAGACAUACCUCCACACACUAAUGAUGUUAUACACAUACUUGACAAACUUAAUUACACUAAUAUGAUAAUCUGUCCAUGGGGUGCCAUUCUAAAGCUACACAGGGGUUGAGGGGCCAGUUGUUAAUGAGUGAGAGGAAAAUAUCUGUCCGUCAGUGAUGUCCAUCUAUGUUAUGCCUUUUGAUCAAGCAAGACUAGUGCUCCAAUUAGAACAAUAUUAGAUCAUGAAAACUAGAUCAUUAUCACAGACCGAGUUCAAUUUGAUAAAUAAUGCAAAAAGUUUAGGCUCAAACUGUUUCGAUUUUUAAUUAAACAAUUCAAGAAUUGACAUAGCCUACUGGAAGCCUAUCAACGAUGUUUUGACUGAAUGACACGCAGGGUGAAACCGCUUAGAUGUCCAUUAGAGAGAGAUUAUCACGUCAUUAAUUGCCGGUAAAAAAAAGCACUCCUCUAUCUACUAAUCUAUUGGUGUCUAAUCUACCCAUGUUUCAGAUGAAAAUGGGGUCAUUAAAAACGAAAUGUGUGUUUUUCUUUCAUGUGCGAGUCCCAUCUUUACUGGUCGAUGUGGUGAUGAUGGGUGUGAUCGAUGAGUGGGUGGAGGUGGGGGUUGGGAUCAGGCAGAGGCUAUUAAUCCUAAAAUAGGGCGUUACUUUGAAGCUCUCCCGCGCGUCCACUGUUUUUGAUGUUGGUCCCCACCCCCCCUUGGUACACGUCCGUCGGGAUGUCACAGCGGGGCUACUAUAUAUAAAGGUGGUCAGUCCUUGUCCUCCUCCAUCUGCAACAGGGUUUAACUCUCAACUCUUUCAGAAAUGGCAUAUUUCACAAUUUGGCUGCUGUGCGCCAGUGCGAUACUGUCUCUAACGCACAGCUUCAACCAGGAGAACCUGAAAGAGGCUAUGCUUCAGAGGCUUGGACUGAAGGAACUCCCAAGGAUCCAUAAAAGGGACUUGGAAAACCUGGUCGUUCCUAGCCACAUCAGAAACAAGUACCUGACCCUGCUGAAGCUGCACCACGAGAGGAGACGACGCUCUCUGCCCAGCCUAGCAGGAAUCCUCAGGGGGUAUUCCGGGAACGCAGGUAAACAGCAAUGGCAACUAUGACAGUUUCUAAGACUGAGAAUAUGACAGUUUUAACGACUGACUGAUUUUUAUUUUCCAUCAUUAUAUUUUAUUUACUAUUAGUUAAACUAUUGUUAACACCAAUGCGUAAUUCUCAGUUGGUUCUGUUUGGAUUCCAAAUUACGCACUGCUGUCCAAUUGUCCACAUGCGGACGGUGUCCUGUUAUAUUCUACAUAACAGAUAUAUCGGGGGAGAUUCUUUACUCUGACGCCACCAGAGAGCGGUUGGUUUUCGACAUGGAGGCCAGGGUCCCAGCCAACAGCGAGGUGACCAUGGCGGAGCUCAGACUCUACCAGAACGCCCAUCAUAAACUGCACCUGGCCGGGAGAAAGAGUCAAAAGCAGGGCAACAACGCACGGGUCAGCGUCUACUGGGUGGAGGUUCUAGAGAACGGCGCCAACCGCUCCUCACUGGUAGACUCAAGGUUGGUGCCAAUCUACGAGACCGGGUGGAAAGGUUUCGAUGUGACGCAGGCCGUACACUACUGGUCGAAGGGACUUCGAGAGGUGCCGCUGCGCCUGGAGCUGCGGGUCGAGGGAGAGAGACCGGGAAGCUACGCAGCCGAGAUGGCCAAGAGUAUGCGCUUUACCGCGCAGGACCCCUCUGACCAGAGCACGGGAAAGCCUCAGCUUCUUUUUUACACCUUGAACCUGGAGGAAUAUGGUUCCCGUGGUGACUGCCAGUCCAGCAAGCCGAACGGCAUAUGCUGCAGAGAAGACCACUUCAUCAACUUCCGGGAGCUAACUUGGACUCAAUACUGGGUCAUCGAACCUGCGGGCUACCAGUCCUUCCGAUGCGCAGGAGGAUGCAAGCAGCCAAAGCGUCAUUAUGGCUACGGAGAACGGCGGUGCGCGGCUACGGAGAACGCGCCGCUCCCUAUAAUGUACCUGGUGAAAAAAGGAGACAACACUGAGAUUGAAGUGGCCGAGUUUCCCAACAUGAUAGUGGAGAAGUGCAGAUGUACAAUGGACAAUGUAUCGGUUUGAGAAUGAAGAAGGAGCGCAAUCCAGAGACAGAGAUGCGAGUGCGACUCGUGAUGCACAGUACUUUUUUUCUUCAAACUUAAAUGACUAUAGGCUAAAAAGGAGAUAUCUUGUUGGUGUGAAUAUUUGAGACAACGGUUAUAUUAGCCGAUCACUUGUUUGUUGAGCACUUUAAAUGUAAAUACGUAACCUAAUUUAUGUUGCCCAUGAAUGCAUUUAUACUCUUCAUAUGACAAGAUUAAAAAUAUUAAUUGCACGUUUUCAAAGUAUAUUAACGAACAUAUUUUUCUUCCACAAAUCCUUAAUUAACACAGUGUCACUUCAUUGUUGUCUAAGGGUUUGUCUUUUGAGGGAAAGCUGGGGAGUGUGAAUAAACGAAAACACA